ACAAAAGGAUCAUGGAAACACAGGAAAUUGCUGAUAAGAUCAAAGAUAUAAAUAUUGAAGAUAUAAAGAAUAAUAAAGAAAAUUUACCAAAAAAAUCUAAAACUGAACAAUCUGAAAAUUCUGAAGCUUUAGCGCAGAUACUAGGAACAGAAAUUCUAAACAUUACUUACCCAAGAUUAAUGAAAGUUAAACCACAGUUAAAAGAGCUAAUAUCCAAACAGAAUAAAAUUUAUUUGGAUAUUUCAGCAGAAAAAUUUAAAUAUACAGACAACAAUAUUUAUAUAGUAGAAAAUUUAAUGGAACGAGUUAAAUUUUAUCGUGAGAAACUGAUUAAAAUAAGGCGAGCUAUGAUUGAUAUACAUCAUAAAUCAAGAUCAUUAAAGAAUCGUGCCAUUAAUCUUCGAAAACAAGCAGAAAAUAAAGUUAAUAAGAAUUAAAGAAAUGAAGACUGUAUACAUACUAAACAUAAUUAAUUUAAAAAAAAAAAAAUAGUAAAUUUAUAAAUAGUAAAGAAUAAUAUUGUUAACAUUUUUCUAUUUUCCUAUUUGAAAUCUCAUUUAUACUACAAAAUAUUGUAACUAAAAA